AGCUCCCAGUGGUGACAUUCGCACAUUGAAUUGAAGCCUUCACCAAACUCCGGCGAUCUCUCUCCGGUGGUCACAAUUUCAUCGCCCCAAAGCCGUCUCAGACAGUCUUUCUUCAGUCACACAAGAUGGGCAAGAAGAGGUCACGCGAGGAUGCGCCGCCCGCCGAUGCUGGGGUCGACAAGAUGGACCAGGACAGCGGCGACGACGAGGACUUUGACAUGGUAGACGUCGAGUUUGAAUGGUUCAACUACGACCCGGAAAUCGACUUCCACGGCGUCAAGUCGCUCCUGCGGCAACUCUUCGACGUUGACGCCAACCUCUUCAACAUGUCCGCCCUUUCCGACCUCGUCUUGUCGCAGCCGACCAUCGGUUCGACCGUCAAGGUCGACGGCAAGGCAACCGAUCCCUACGCCAUGAUCACCGCGCUCAACACGCACGAGAAUCGCGACAAGGAGCCCAUGAAAGACAUCCUCCAAUACCUCACCGACAAGGCGCAAACCAACGAGGCGCUCGCCCCGGUGUCGGAGCUCAUCAAGGGCGGCAAACAUGUUGGCCUCGUCUUCUCGGAGCGGCUCAUCAACGUCCCUGCGGAGAUUAGCCCGCCCAUGUACUCCAUGCUCAUGGACGAGGUGGAAGCCGCCGUCGAGGACAAGGAGCCAUACGAGUUCACGCAUUACCUGAUUCUUUCCAAGACGUAUCAGGAAGUUGAGUCGACCCUGGACGUGGAGGACAGGAAACGCAAAAGGGCCAAGGAUGAAUCGUCGACGUACUACUUCCACCCUGAAGACGAGGUCCUGCAGAAACACGCUCUAGCCUACGGCAACUUCCCUUACACAAAGGAGGGCGACGCUGUUGCAGACAGCAAGCGAGCCUUCCAGGAGAUGGGCAUCAAGGCAUUUGGACACAUGAUUUUGAUCGAGGCGAGCAAAUUUGAAGGCGCAGUCAAGGCCAUUAACGAGUACCUAAGCCCUCCCCAAUAAUCAAAUAAAGCUGUUAAGCACUG